GGGCUGAAGCCGUUACUCCUCGAUUUUGACGGCAUGGUCUGGAUCCAGACCGGCUUCACCUUCAAGACGCCGCACGGCGAGGGAAAAGGGUUGCUGAAGCUGGGUAACACUGGUAAAGACGAGUGGAAGGCGUGGACUGUCUUUGCGCAGCUCGAGAAGCUUGAUUUCCAGAAGGAAGUCGAGGAGCGUCAUGCGGCUUCAGUUCCGACACCAAAGACGCCCGUCACUAAUGGUGUCAAUGGAGUCAACGGCAUCAAUGGACACGCACACAAAGAGCCCGAGGAAGACCUGCAGGUCCUCAUUGUCGGCGCAGCCCAGGCCGGCUUGAUGCUCGGCGCCCGCCUCCAACACAUGGGCAUCAAAACCCGCCUCGUAGAACGCAGCGCACGCCUCGGCGACUCAUGGCGAGAACGAUACCAGAGUGUGACCCUGCACUCGCCUACCUACACCGAUCACUGGGCGUUCAUGAAGAUCCCCGAGACCUGGCCGCGGUUCCUGACUGGCGACAAGGCUACGUACGACGAACAGAAGAAAAAAUACCACGUCGAGAUCCGCACGCCGGAGGGAACGCGGACGUUGUCAGCGCGUCAUGUGGUCCUGGCUACAGGUGUAUACGGCGACCUGCCCAAGAUCCCCCAGUUCCCUGGGCAAGAGUCCUUCAAGGGACAAAUCUACCACUCGAAAUACCACAAGAUGGCUGCCGAGAUCCCCGAUGUGACCAACAAGAAGGUUGUCGUCGUUGGCUGCGCCACGAGUGGCCACGAUGUCUCGGCUGACUUUGUCACGCACGGGGCCAAGGAGGUGACAAUGGUGCAGCGGCAUCCAAUCUUCUCCAUCUCGCGUGAGUCGUGGGAGAACUUUAUGCUCUCACUCUGGACGAUUCCAGGCCUCAGCACUGAGGAAGCAGACAUUGCGGGCAACGCGAUACCUCUCGCGCUGAUCCGGAGAAUGAGCAUCGGGUUGACUCAGGCGAUGGCCAAGAACGACAAGACGGUGCAUGACGGGCUUAAGAAGGCCGGGCUGGAGAUUAAGGAAGGCGAAGACGGGUAUGGGUUGGCGGACUACCAGCUCAUCAAGGGCGGGCAGUAUUACAUUGACAGCAAGAUUCGGGUCCAGAGAUGCGAAGAGGGUGUCAAGGAGUUCCAGGCAGAUGGCCUGGUGUUGAAGAAUGGUACGAAGUUGGAUGCGGAUGUGGUGGUGCUCGCGACGGGUUUCGAGCAGAACAUCACCACAGUCGAGAAACUGCUUGGGCCGGAUGUUGUCAAUAGGCUGGACGGAUUCGCGAACUUGGAUGCUGAACAGGAACACUCAGGAUGGUGGCGAGCCACGGGAGUGCCUGGGUUCUGGUACAUGACCGGCAGCUUCAUGAUGUGCCGACAGUUCUCCUUGCCGCUGGCGUUGCAGAUUGCCGCGGUUGAGAAGGGUCUGAACAAGUCUUACUACGACUAAUAUGAGGUCAUUGUAACAGAGGUGAUCAGGGAAAGGUAUGGGAAUAGCCGAUCUAUGGCGCCCGGGCUAAAGGGGAGGGAACAGGGGGAAAGCUGGUGAACUCGGAUCCAGCUGGACCCAUCAUCGCGAACUUUCUUUCAACACGAAAGGUUAAUUGGUUUCAUUCAACAUUAGAGAUACCCAACAAGAGAAAAGAAGAAUACUUUUGCAAAUGCUGCCUGGCAGAACGGAGAUGACCGCAAAGCUCCCCGAGUAACUCAGAACUUUUGCUCUGGGAUUGAACCCAGACUAGACGCAACUGUAAAUGGUCAAUUAAGAUAGCCAAAGUCGACUUCAAUCGCAAGAGAACCCAAAAACGAAACGAAAGACUGUUCUCUCAACCAAAAGGAAUGG